CUGACGUCACACACAGGUCAUCAGUCAACAUGCUGCUGACCAACCUCAUCCAGGGGAAUCUGCUUCCCUCGGCUCUCAUCUGGAUAACUUCUCGACCUGCAGCAGCCAAUCAGAUCCCUCCUACAUGUGUUGACAGGGUAACAGAAGUACGAGGCUUCACUGACGACCAGAAGGACGAGUACUUCAGGAAGAGAUCCAGAACUGAAGAUCUGUCCAGCAGAAUCAUGUCACACAUCAAGACGUCCAGGAGCCUCCACAUCAUGUGUCAAGUCCCAGUCUUCUGCUGGAUCAGUGCUACCGUUCUGGAGCACAUGUUGACCACAGAGCAGAGAGGAGAGCUGCCCAAGACCCUGACAGACCUGUUCUCACACUUCCUGCUGGUUCAGACAAAGAGGAAGAAGAACAAGUACGAUAAAGGACGUGAGACGAGUCCACAGGAGCUGAUGAAGGCCGACAGGGACUUUCUUCUGAAGCUGGGGAGGCUGGCCUUUGAACAUCUGCAGAAAGGAGACAUCAUGUUCUACCAAGAAGACCUGGAGCGGUGUGGUCUUGAUGUGACAGAGGCCUCAGUAUACUCAGGAGUUUGUACAGAGAUCUUCAGAAGAGAGAGCGUGAUCUUCCAGAAAUCAGUCUACUGCUUUGUUCAUCUGAGCGUUCAGGAGUUUCUGGCUGCAGUCUACAUGUUCCACUGUUUCACCAACAGGAAGACAGAGGUACUGCAGGACUUCUUCAGACAAGAAGAUAAAGACAUGAAGACAGAGGUCCGGAAGAACUUCCUGAGAAAACCUAAUUGUAUUGACAAGCUCUCCUCAUUUUUUGAAACCGUUGCUGAGAGUGACUUAUCUCUGGAUGUGUUCCUGAAAGCAGCCAUGGAGAAAUCCCUUCAAAGUCAAAAUGGUCACCUGGACCUGUUUGUUCGCUUCCUUCAUGGACUCUGUCUGGGGACAAACCAGAGACUCUUAGGAGGUCUGCUGGGUCAGACUCAGAACAGUCCAGAAAUCAUCCAGAGGGUCAUUGAGAACCUGAAGAAGAUGAACACAAAGAACAUCUCACCUGACAGAAGCAUCAACAUCUUCCACUGUCUGACAGAGAUGAACGACCAAUCAGUGCAUCAGGAGAUCCAAGAGUUCAUGAAGUCAAAGAACAGAGGACAGAGACUCUCUGUGAUCCACUGCUCAGCUCUGGCCUACAUGCUGCAGAUGUCUGAGGAGGUUCUGGAUGAGUUGGACCUGAGCAAGUACAGAACAUCAGACUGAUUCCAGCUGGAGGAACUGCUAGUUCCAGCUGUGAGGAACUGCAGGAAGGCUCGGUUGAGGGACUGCAGUUUGACAGAGAUCAGCUGUUCUUCUCUGGUCUCAGCUCUGAAGUCCAACCCCUCACACCUGAGAGACCUGGACCUGAGUCUGAACCAGCUGAAGGAUUCAGGAGUGAAGCUGCUGUGUUCUGGACUGGAGAGUCCACAUUGUGGACUGGAGACUCUGGGGUUGUGGGACUGCAGUUUGACAGAGAUCAGCUGUUCUUCUCUGGCCUCAGCUCUGAAGUCCAACCCCUCACACCUGAGAGACCUGAACCUGAGUGAGAACAAGCUGCAGGAUUCAGGAGUGAAGCUGCUGUGUUCUGGACUGGAGAGUCCACAUUGUAGACUGGAGACUCUGGAGUUGUUGGACUGCAGUUUGACAGAGAUCAGCUGUUCUUCUCUGGCCUCAGCUCUGAAGUCCAACUCCUCCCACCUGAGAAAACUGGACCUGAGUAAGAACAAGCUGCAGGAUUCAGGAGUGAAGCUGCUGUGUUCUGGACUGGAGAGUCCACAUUGUAGACUGGAGACUCUGUGGUUUAGGGGCUGCAGUUUGACAGAGAUCAGCUGUUCUUCUCUGGUCUCAGCUCUGAAGUCAAACUCCUCCCACCUGAGAAAACUGAACCUGAGUCGGAACAAGCUGCAGGAUUCAGGAGUGAAGCUGCUGUGUUCGGGACUGGAGAGUCCACAUUGUAGACUGGAGACUCUGUGGUUGUGGGGCUGCAGUUUAACAGAGAUCAGCUGUUCUUCUCUGGCCUCAGCUCUGAAGUCCAACCCCUCACACCUGAGAGACCUGAACCUGAGUGAGAACAAGCUGCAGGAUUCCGGAGUGAAGCUGCUGUGUUCUGGACUGGAGAGUCCACAUUGUGGACUGGAGACUCUGUGGUUGUUGGGCUGUAGUUUGACAGAGAUCAGCUGUUCUUCUCUGGUCUCAGCUCUGAAGUCAAACCCCUCACACCUGAGAGACCUGAACCUGAGUGAGAACAAGCUGCAGGAUUCAGGAGUGAAGCUGCUGUGUUCUGGACUGGAGAGUCCACAAUGUAGACUGGAGACUCUGGAGUUGAUGGUCUGCAGUUUGACAGAGAUCAGCUGUUCUUCUCUGGCCUCAGCUCUGAAGUCCAACCCCUCACACCUGAGAGUCCUGGACCUGAGUCUGAACAAGCUGCAGGAUUCAGCAGUGAAGCCUCUGUGUGAUCUUCAGAAGAGUCCAGACUACAGACUGGAGACUCUGGAGUGGGAGUGAAGAACCCAAGAGUAUUCAUCUACAAUGUUAAUAAUAUCCAUAACCUUUAUAUAUUUAUAUUUAAUAUAUUUAUAAAAAAUAUUUAUAAUAUUUGACAGAACAAUUGCUUCAAUAUUCAAAAACUCUGAACUCCAUCACAUGAGAGCUAAUGAAAAUAAUGCCUGGUUCACAGUAUGUGGAGCUAAAGAGAGUGUUUGUUUUAAAUCAGUGGAAUGUUCCUUUGUUUUCUUCAAACCUUACUUGUAAUUUCUUCAAAACAGAGCAACACGUUGGAUAAAGUUGAUGAGAUGAAAGCGUC